GUUUACAUCUGUGGUGGUUUCAAUGGAAACCGAUGCCUGCAAACAGCUGAAUAUUACAUCCCAGAGACAGACCAGUGGACAAUGAUCAGCUUUAUGAGCUCCCGGCGCAGUGGGCUUGGUGUCAUGGCAUAUGCAGGCCAUGUUUUUGCAGUUGGUGGCUUUGAUGGUAUUGCCCGUCUGCAGAGUGCUGAGGCGUACAACCCCUGGACCAACACCUGGCAGAAUGCGGCCUCCAUGUUGACCCCCCGCAGCAACUUUGGCAUCGAAGUCCUUGACAAUCUGCUGUUUGUUGUCGGGGGCUUCGAUGGGCACUCCACCUGCUGUAAUGUUGAGUAUUACAACGCAACAACUGAUGAGUGGCAUCAGGCCUGUCACAUGGACGUUUCCCGCAGCGCCGUGAGCUGCUGCGUGGUGUCCAGACUCCCCAACAUGGAUGACUAUGUUUUCCCUCGAGACCUGCUGCGUUUGCAUUUCAGGGAUGAGGAUGAGGACAAGUCUGAUGGGUAUGUUAACUCAGACAACUUGUUCUAA